AUGCAAACCAUUGAUUUUAAUUUACAUUCGAGUGAGGGCUUCAGCAUUGCAGAGAAGAUUGUGCUGCUCACCUUCAUCUCCGCCGUUAUACUGAUGGCCAUCCUGGGGAACCUGCUGGUGAUGGUGGCUGUGUGCCGGGACAGGCAGCUCAGGAAAAUCAAGACCAACUAUUUCAUUGUGUCGCUUGCCUUUGCGGACCUGCUGGUGUCAGUGCUGGUGAUGCCCUUUGGAGCCAUCGAGUUGGUUCAGGACAACUGGAUCUAUGGAGAGAUGUUCUGCCUGGUCCGCACGUCCCUCGAUGUGCUGCUCACCACGGCCUCAAUCCUGCACCUGUGCUGUAUCUCGCUGGACAGGUACUAUGCUAUCUGCUGCCAGCCUCUGGUUUACAGGAACAAGAUGACUCCGUUGCGCAUUGCUGUAAUGCUUGGAGGGUGCUGGGUAAUCCCAACAUUUAUUUCUUUCCUCCCUAUCAUGCAAGGCUGGAAUAGCAUUGGCAUCAUUGAUCUGAUUCAGCAGAGGCAGUUCAACAAGGCUUCCAACUCCACCUACUGCAUAUUCAUGGUCAACAAGCCAUACGCCAUUACCUGCUCCGUGGUGGCCUUCUACAUCCCUUUCCUGCUGAUGGUGCUGGCCUACUACCGCAUCUACGUGACGGCGAGGGAGCACGCGCGCCAGAUCCGGGUGCUGCAGCGCGCGGGGGCCCCGGCCGAGGGCCGCCAGCACCAGCCCGACCAGCACAGCACGCACCGCAUGAAGACUGAGACCAAAGCCGCCAAGACCCUGUGCAUCAUCAUGGGCUGCUUCUGCCUGUGCUGGGCCCCCUUCUUUAUCACAAACAUAGUGGACCCUUUCAUAAACUACACGGUGCCGGGGAAGCUGUGGACGGCUUUCCUGUGGCUGGGCUACAUCAAUUCAGGGUUGAACCCUUUUCUUUACGCCUUCCUGAACAAGUCUUUCAGACGUGCCUUCCUCAUCAUCCUGUGCUGUGGUGAUGAGCGAUACCGAAGGCCUUCCAUCUUGGGGCAGACGGUGCCCUGUUCCACCACCACAAUAAAUGGAUCGACUCAUGUACUAAGGUACACUGUUUUACGUAACGGGCAUCAUCAGGAACAUGAGAAGCUUCCCAUCCACAUCGACCCUGAAUCCCAAGAGUCCUGUUUCUAG